UAACAGUGGUCAGACCCGCCGAGUUUCUUCCCGUGCUACCACUGCACACCUUUAACAACCAAAAUGAAGUUAUUUCUGGGAGUUACCGUCACACUGAGUGUCCUUGUGGUUCUCGUCGCCGCUGCACCCAAGGCAGAAACUAGUGCGGCAGCAGAUCAAGCAAAACAAGUACAAGACACAGAAAACCAGAAGGACGGAGACUCUGCAGUUGACAUAAAGCCUGCCCCGCCAACAGUGAAUUCUAAAGAUGAAAUUGAUAAAGCAACAAUUGAUAAAAAGACACCUGCAGUUCCUCUUAAAGCAGGCAUUGCUCUGCCGAUCAAAGCCAAAAUCGCCAAAAAAUCUCAACAUGGUAAAGCUAAAUCGAAGUCUAAAUCUCCGGAAACAAAGGAAGCGACAGCACCUGUGGAAGUAAAAACAUCUGCCAAAAUAGAAGCAGAGCCCGAACAGACACUAUCGGCUACAGAUGAUGAAAUGCCUGUUACAUCAGAGACAGGACCAGAACCAGCAACACCUGUGAAUGUCAAAACGACUAUACAGUUUUUACCAGCCACAGUCAAACUAACAGCUGAUGCAGAGAUGAAUCAACAGAGAGAAGCAGAAACGUCUGCACCAGUAGCGCAAGCAGAAAAGUCAACACCUGCUACGAUAGAUAUGACUCCAGAAGCAGAAAUUGUUGAAAAAGCAGUUGAUCCAAAACCUGUAGCAUCUGCAAAAACAACUGCAGCACCAGUAGGAGGGAAAACAACUCUUAAACAACCUGGAAAGAAAACUACAUCAAAGGAACCUGCUCAAGAUAAACCAUCCCCUCAACCUACUGAAAAUGAACCCAUUGCUAAACAACUUGCUGAUGUUAAACCAACUUCUAAGCAGCCUGCCAAAGGAAAACCAACUAAACAACCUGUUGAAGAUAAAACUCCCAAACAACCUGCCAAAGGAAAACCAACUCCCAAACAACCUGCUGAAGAUAAAACUCCCAAACAACCUACAGAAGAUAAGACUCCCAAACAACCUGCUGAAGAUAAAACUCCCACACAGCCUGCCAAAGGAAAACCAACUCCUAAACAACCUGUUGAAGAUAAAACUCCCAAACAACCUGUUGAAGAUAAAACUCCCAAACAACCUGCCAAAGGAAAACCAACUCCUAAACAACCUGCUGAAGAUAAAACUCCCAAACAGCCUGUCAAAGGAAAACCAACUCCCAAACAGCCUAUUGCGGAUAAGAAUCCUAAACCUACCAAUGUCAAACCAACUCCCGAACAGCCUGCCAAAGGAAAACCAACUCCCAAACAACCUGUCGAAGAUAUAAAUCCCAAACUACCUGUUGACGAUAAAACCCCUAAAGAACCUGCCAAUGCCAAACCAACUCCCAAGCAACCUGCGAAGGCUGACCCAGCUCUAAAACAACCUGUCAAAGGAGAAGGGACCACUAAGCCAUCUAAUACGAAGCCGACUCCUCGACCCGCAGAGAAGAAACCGGUGCCCCCGCUUGCAGUGGUUCAGACCCCAAAGCAAGAGAAGGACCAUAAAAAACACCCUGUGGGGAAACAGCCUGUUGCGCAUCCUAAGGCGAUUGAGGCUGAGAAUGGUCAGGACGUAGAGGAUGUAAGCGACGGCAACGCAAGCAUGAGUCCACACACCAAGGUGGGCGUCGUGUCCGUUGUCAUCAUCGUUUUAGCAAUUACAUCCACUGUGAUCGGGGUGUGGUACCGGAAAAUCAGCCUUAACCAGCAAAGGUACCGAUACCACUCCCUUCUCACCGACAACGACGAGGAGUUCAGCGUGUUCAACAGAACGGCCUACCACUCCGUAGACGCGGGUUCCUACGACUCUUGGAAGGAACACAACUACUGACUUUGAAGAACAGUGCUCCCUUUCACUCUCUCUUCCUCUCCCUCUCUGAUCACCGUGCAUGACCGAUAAAAGAUUGUUGAUUGCCGAUGUGGAAUACAUGCUGUGCUUUUGGGAGAUGUGGAUGAGGGAUCCGCAUCACUGAAGUGGUGGAUAGUGGAUGCCGGAAGGUUGAAAACUUUGUUGCAGUCUUAGUAGAUUAGAUCGUCUUAUAUGCAGUAGAAUAAUGAUGCUCAACCUUUUCUUCCAUGUAACCCUCUAGCAUAUAUAUAUAUAUAUAU